CGUCAUUGUGACACAUAGUCUCUAACUUAACUGACUCACAUUUGAGUAUUCAAUAAUGACGAAUUCAUAAGAUAUGUAUUUAGACAAAUCUUAUCCCACAGCAGUGUUCUGUAUAAUUGCCACCGAAUUCUGCGAAAGAUUUUCCUUUUGUGGCUUACGAAGAAUUCCCGGUGACCACAUCAUAGCACCUUAUUUUAUCGAUGAUAAAUUGACUGGUGUUGAAUAUUUGGAUAUGUUGGAGAAUCGAAUAAUACCGUGCAACAAUAGGACAAAUGAGGAGGAUAUAAAUUUAUUCGAAAACGAAAUAGUUUUUCAGCAAGAUGGUGCACCUACUCAUCAUGUAGCUCUAGUGCGACAAUUUUUAGCUUUUUCCGCAUUGGGGUUGAUACUAAUUGCGAUCGGAACGGGAGGAAUCAAACCUUGUGUUGCAGCUUUUGGAGCGGAACAGUUUAACUUGCCGGCCCAGAAGGAAAUGCUGUUGCAUUUUUUCUCCAUAUUUUACUUCACGAUCAACCUCGGAGGAUUUGUUGGAAUGACCUUGACGCCAAUACUGAAGAAGGCUGUGUCUUGUUUUGGCGACGAUACUUGCUAUGCUUUGGGAUUUGGAUUCCCUGCUGCCUUAAUGAUUUUAUCGAUAUUUUUAUUCAUCGUUGGAAAGAAUGUUUACAAACUCAAAUCUCCCAAGAAGAAAGUUAUUCUAGAGUUUUUCAAGUGCGGAUGGUACGCAUUAGUAGAAAAGUUCAGGACCAUGAAGAGAUCAGAUCAUUGGUUGGACAACGCUAGAGGAAAAUUCAACGUGAAACUCAUUGAGGAUAUGAAAAUUGUGUCCGCCAUUCUGCUGCUGUACACUCCCCUGCCGAUUUUUUGGUCUUUGUUCGAUCAGCAAGGAUCCAGAUGGACAUUUCAGGCCUCUCACAUGAACGGCAACAUAAUGGGAACCCAAAUAACACCAGAUCAGAUGCAGGUGGUAAAUCCAGCAAUGGUGCUCAUCCUCAUCCCAAUAUUCGACAGGAUAUUUUACCCUUGUUUCUCCAAAAUCAACAUCCUAGAAAACUCCUUGCAUCGUAUGGCUUUCGGCGGGAUAAUAGCAGGUACUGCAUUUCUUUCGGCAGGAAUACUGGAACUAGCUUUGGAAACGACAUACCCCGAAUUACCUAGAAGACAUCAUGCUUCGAUGAAUAUUAUGAAUACCUUGCCGUGUGAUUUAAAAAUGUCGCAUUCCCACAGCAGCUUGCAAACCAUAGACUCCGGCGAAUUGGUUCGAAUCAAGAAUAUGAUGUGUAAUAAUUUUUCAACGUACAGACUUGCCGUUGUAGCUCCGCUUCAAUGUGAUGAUAUACGAUUCCAUAAUCACAAAUUUGACUUGAGCGCUGUCUGCAUAGAACAACAG